AUGAAGAUUUAUAGCAUCCACGGUGGGGUUGAGUACAAAGUGUUGGAAUCCGAUUAUCACAAGUACUAUGUCAAGUGCAAGGAGUUUGGCAACGGGUGCACAUGGCUCAUUCGGGUUAGCCUCUGCCAGCGCAGAGGUAUUUGGGAGGUAAAACGAUACAAUAGUCUACAUACUUGCCUGGCCACAUCGAUAUCUAUUUAUCGCAAGAUACUUGAUUAUCAUGCCAUAUUGGCCUUCACACUGCCCAUGAUUAGAGCUGAUGCUGCUGUCUCGAUCAAGAUCAUGAUGCCAGGUAGUGUGCCAGUUUUCAGGACGUGUCCUGUGCAGGUUGGUAGGCAAGUGAAUGACUCAUCAGCUUAUUUCCAUCGGCAUUUCUGGACAUUCCCACCGUGUAUCGAGACCUUCCGUAAUUACAAGCCAUUGGUCAGUGUCGACGGGACCCACCUAUAUGGCAAAUACGAUGGUACACUGCUUGUCGCGAUUGCUCAGGGCAGAAACUCUAAUAUCAUUCCUAUUGCAUUCGCUCUUGUAGAAGGUGAGAAUGCAGAGUCGUGGUCAUUCUUUUUAUCUCACCUUCAACAGCAUAUAACACCUCAACCAGUUCUUUUAGUCAUAUCAGAUAGACACAACGGGAUAAAGGCUACAUUGGAGGCUUCUGAUGGUGGCUGGCUUCUGCCUAAUGCAUACCGGACGUUUUGUAUUCGUCACGUGGUGGCAAAUUUUGCCCUGAGUUUCAAGGACAACGAUGCACGGAUGUUUUUAGUGAAUGCUACUUAUGCCAAGACUGAGAUCGAGUUUCACUACUAG